ACACCAAUCAGACUAGUACGAAAUUUUUGUGCGGGAUCGCUACUGAAGGAAAACAAUGGAUGCUUGUCAAGCUGUUGAAAGAGAAGUCGACAAAGUUUUAUCGAAAUUUAACUCACUGGAACAGCAAACAACGAAAACCUUAAGUGAUUUAAUUUCAAGUAUACAAGGAAUUCAAGCCGAACUAGACUCAGUUCCAGAAGACACCGAGAUAUCCACAGCACAGACCAUACUUUUAGCACAGAAUUCAAGGAAGAUAAAAGAUGCUGUGAGUAAAGUGAGCACAGAACAUAAAGACCUCCACAGUAGUGUAUCCAAAGUAGGAAAAGCAGUGGACAGGAAUUUCCCAUCAGAUUUCAGUGCAGUUAUAAAUGAAGAGGCUCUGAAAGGUGAACAGAAGGCAAAACUUAUCAAUGAAGUAAUAUGUGAACAUUUUCUCAGACAGGGAAUGCUGGAUAUUGCAGAGGAGCUGAUGCAUGAAUCUCACUUGAAUAUAGAUGAAAGUCAAAAGGAGCCAUUCCUGGAGUUGCAUCGAAUCUUGGAUGGAUUAAAACACAGAAAUUUAGAACCAGCUAUAGGAUGGGCUCACACCAACAGGGCAGCUUUGCAAUCACAGAACAGCUCUCUGGAAUUUAAACUUCACAGAUUGAAGUUUAUAAGUCUUCUUUUAGAGGGACCAGAGAGUCAGCAAAAAGCACUUUUAUAUGCCAAAAACUUUGCACCCUUUGCCUACAGUAAUCCCAGAGAUGUGCAGAUUCUGAUGGGCAGCCUCCUUUUCAUCCGGCAGGGAAUCCAAAACUCUCCAUAUGCAUUUCUGCUUGACCCAGUCCAGUGGGAUGAGAUAUGUGAUGUCUUCACCAGGGAUGCAUGUGCUUUAUUAGGCUUGUCUGUGGAGAGUCCUCUCAGCGUGGGUGUGCAGGCAGGUUGCACUGCACUCCCUCCUCUACUUAACAUCAAGCAGGUGAUGCAGCAGAGACAAUGUACAGGGGUUUGGAGUGCUAAAGACGAACUGCCAGUGGAGAUAGACCUUGGACCAGAGAGACGUUACCACUCCAUAUUUGCCUGUCCAAUCCUGCGACAACAGAGCAAUGACUCCAAUCCACCAUCAAGACUCAUUUGUGGCCAUGUGAUCUCAAGAGAUGCUCUCAAUAAGCUUGCCAAUGCAAAUAAGGUGAAAUGCCCAUACUGUCCAGUGGAGAUGAGUCCUGGGGAUGUGAAAGAAAUCAGAUUUUGAAAAAUAUGUGGAGCAUAGGUUAUAGGAUGAACUAUAGAUGUUAAAACAGAAACUGUAGAGAAGACCAGUAAUAGCGUUGUGAAAUGUGAUGCAUCUGCUGCAUAAAAGUAACAGUACUUGUCCCUCUACAUUUGAAUGGACAGCUUUCAGUCUUUUAUUUAAAAGGCUACCUCAUAACAAUAAGUUCUUUUCCCCUUCAUAAAACUUUAAAACAUCUUUUCAUACUCCAAUAGUGAGAAAAUGAGAUCAGAAGAUAACAAAAACUUUAGAAUGACCCACGAAUGAAGUAUGGGUUCAUCAAUUGACACUGUUCAACAAAUUGGGUAUUCUUUGUACAUAGUAAUUGUAUUUAUCAUUAUCCGAGAAGUAACCUAGGAAGGCCAGUUGGUUUCCGACAUAAAAUCUUAUGAAAUUUCACAAACUGCAAAAACCAUCAUCUCAUAGGAAGCAUGAGGUGUUACUCAGAUUUUUAUCAUUAUUACCCAAAUAUAUGGUGUGGAGACAAAUCAUCUUGAUGUAUAUAAGAUUAAAAAAUCCAAGAAAUGAAGACAGAAAUUUACAGAGAUUAAAAGCUGAACAUAGUCUAGUCAAUUGAGACUGUAGGGUAUUCUUUUCUGAUGAUGACCUAUUAUUAAUGCCUGAUUGGGAGAAGCAAACAGACGACAGUGGCCUUGGAUAUGAUUGUUUUGAUAAGCUUUCUGGAUGUGACUGAAAUAGAUGGUAAACAUGGCAUUAAUCACGUAGAAGAUCAAAGUUCUUUGAUAAAUUGUUACAUUUGGACCAACCUUGUAUCACUUGACUCUUCAUAUUUAAACUUCAAGUGCCACACAGUGGAAGGAUUAUUAUUAGAUAGGAACUGUAAUUCAACUUAUUUAUUGAAUGCCUUUGUACAUUGUAAGAAAGGGUGUAAAUUAAACCAUGAAUACUUCAA